AUGGCUUCCGGCGCAGAAAGGGGGAGGCUUGACGAGCACCAGCCAGCGCCUCAGGACGAGCAAGUCCUCCCGCAUCGGCUCAGUCGGCAGCAUUCCUCGGACGGAUCGCCUCCAUUGGCAGAGCUCUCGACGAGCACAUCCUCGUCGGGCCGCGGAGCUCUCCACUUUGUCAACAUGUCCCACCCGGAAGACAUCCGGCGGCAGAGCAACGUCCAGCGGGAGAUCCGCAGGCACGUCAUGAAGGGCGUCAGCGACCAUCGGGGACAUCUACGCGGAAGACGAAGGGCUGCUGCUCAAAACGGUGCCCAGAACAGGCGGCAGUCUCCGCAUCCGGAGAGACUCUCGCCCAGCCGAUCGUUGGCGCCUCUGGGAAGCUUUCCGGUCCAGACUAACAUGCGCAUGCUCGAGCUCGUCCGCUUCGCCAACGAAGUAACCGGCUUCUACGUGCCGUUUCGUGUCGCGUGGUGGGAGACAGCCAUGAUGGACCCUGGCGCCUUUUACGUCACUUUGGGCAACUCGGCCGACUUUUGGCGCAGACUCAACACCAACGACAUCAUGGCCAAGACUCCCGAGAUUAUGAGACACUACUCAAGGUCACUUAUUGAACUGAGAAAGCGCUUAGAUGACGACUCUGAAAGGACAAACCCGGGUACUAUUGCUAACAUUUUGGCACAUAUCUGCCUCAACAUGAGACACUGUGAUUGGGAUAGUUGGAGAGUGCAUAUUGAUGGCCUCAGGCUCGUCAUGAGGGAUCGGGGCGGAUUUGACAGCUUGCCGUACCAGAUGCUCGUCUUGAUGCUUUACUACGACAUGUGCGGUGCCAUGGUAUUUGAUGCUCCACCCCGGUUCGAAAUCGCACCUGGUCUUGUCACCACCAAUUCAAGCAUCAGAGCAGCACCGCCAAGACUGCAAGCGAUACUCGUACAGCUACAGCAGAUGCCGCCUGAUAUCGCUAUUGCUGCUGAUGCUCUUCAAAAGAUCUCAGACGUCGCGGACAUUGUUAACCUCAACAGCCAUUCCGCAGCCUUCUGGACAAAGGAUGUUGAUUCCAUCCUUUUAAUCGGCCCGCCAAUGCACUAUCUCUUGUCCAUGCCAAGGCUACCGGAAGACUUUGAUACUCUACCUGACACUGGGGGGCUUGUUGUGCGCGAGUUGAUACGGCAAGUGUGUCUCCUCAUCAUGUCGGCUCUGAAGCAAAAAUUCACCUUCUUCACUGUCGAGAGAGGCACCAUACAGGCCAAACUUGCGCAGUUCAUAACAUCAAAUUUGUAUUACAUCGGCUCCGAGUACCGCGAGAUUAAAAUAUGGGCACUGGUCACAGCUGCCUUGUUGGAGGAGCGUACCAUGCGCGAGUUGUAUUUGACCAAGCUUGAAGAUGAAGCAUUGGAGAGCCAUACUUCGCCGCAGAGCUUGAUUGAGAUUGCAAGGGAAACCAUCUGGCUUGACUCUUUGGAGUCUUCUGGCUCGGAUGAGCUGCUACAUGAUAUGGAUCUCGUAUUCGGAUACUAA